AUGGUCGUAAAAUGGGCGGGAUGCGUCUCACUCGGGCCUGACGCAGAAGAGGCGCCGGUUGCUCCGGCCGGCGGCUGGCUGGGCGCGACCACUAUGGAGCGCUACGGUGGCGCCUUCGAAGAGGCGGUAGAUGGGGCCCGGCAGCAGGAGCGGCACUACCAGCUGCUAUCUGCACUACAGAGCCUAGUUAAAGAGCUUCCCAGCUCUUUCCAGCAGCGCCUGUCCUACACCACGCUCAGCGACCUGGCCCUGGCGCUUCUUGACGGCACCGUGUUCGAGAUCGUGCAGGGGCUGCUGGAGAUCCAGCACCUCACCGAGAAGAGCCUGUACAAUCAGCGCCUGCGGCUACAGAAUGAGCACCGAGUGCUCAGGCAGGCACUGCGGCAAAAGCACCAGGAAGCCCAGCAGGCCUGCCGACCCCACAACUUGCCCGUGCUCCAGGCAACUCAGCAGCGUGAGCUGGAGAAACCCAUGACCCAUCUUGGCUUCUGUGACCUUUGCUUCAGGCAGAGCAGGCACAGAGCCGAUGUACAGGACCUGUGGGAAGGAACAAGAAGGUGAGGGUGGGUCACACCACCUCAGGCUGCAAGUGACAAGCACGUAUUCCCUUUGAGCAAGCAGAGGUGAGAGGAAGCCAGGAGUGGAGUCCUGAACCUGACCUGACAUGGCGGACUGUACAAGAAUAGCUGGGUUAGCCUGGGCAGGUAAGAGUGACUCAGGUGCCCCACCCGCCUCCUUACCCACCCCAGGCCUGCAGGGUCACCUCCCCUGAGCAGGGCAGGGCAGCAGCCUCACAGACCAACUUGGCCUACAAGCUCUGAACCCUGGAGAAGGCUCAGAUUCCUCAUGGGUAGGUGAGGAGUGAAUAAAACUAGCUGAUAGCCCAAGGCAAAGAGGAGGUGCUUGAUGAAAGCUAGCUAUGGGGGCAUUCCUUCUGAGGGGAAGACAGAGCCUCAGGGCCAGCCAGGACUGAUAAGGAACGGAGCCCGACAAUUACCAAAGUACAAAAUUCCCAAAGCUGAGGCCGCUUGCUCUGCCCUAAACCCCCUGCAUCCAGGCACCUCCAACCACUAGGAACCCCAGGCCAGGCUCUGGGCUCCUGCCCAGAUGCACAGCUAGUCCCACCUCCAGCCACUGCCUGCCAGCGCCCUGCUUCAGUCUUGCCCCUUAGGUGUAUCUUCUAACCAGUAAUCAGAAUUUUUCUUUUAAAAUGCAAGCCCUCCCCUGGCCUCCCAUCACAAGGGAAUAACACCCCCCAGUCCUCAUGAGGACAGAUCAGUGAGGCCAGUCUGAGAACAUGGUUGCCUCUGCCCACCCUCAGGCCUCCCUGCAGUCCCUUGGCCAUGCCCUCGCCACCCCUGCCUGGUCUGCCCCCACCCAGGUGCCCCCUCACCCAGAAUGCCUGCCAGAAUCACAACAGACACCAUCCCCCUCUCAGUGGCUAUGACAUCUGGGACAGCAAAUGUCGUGGCUAAGCCUACUCAGAUGAAGGAGCCGCUCACCAUUACUGUCCUGGAGUGGCAUUCGAGCAGCUUUGUCCAUCAUCUGACUUUGUAUUUAAAGCCUCUUAAAUCAGUUCCCACAGAAAGAGUGCAGCUGAAGCCCUGUGGCUUAUCUGGUGAACUCCUAAAUGCUCAGACCCCUGGGGGCCCCUGAGGUUCUGCCCAUACUUCACAGGAAAAGGACAGUGUUUUCCCCGUCCCCCACCCCCUGCACUGGGGCACUUGAGACAGAAGUAAAGCCAGCGAAGCCACAGAAAGCUGAUUGCACCUGUGGUAGCCUCAAGCUGAAUCAAAGGUCUAAGGCAGCUUUUGACCUCCCUGCUCCUGCACCCAAGGGCUACCAGCCGCCUUCCAGGGAGCCCUCCCUUUAGACCCUGGUUCCUGUGUAACCCCAGGGCCCAUAUCUGGCAACUGUGAGCCAGCAUGCCCAGGUCAGGACCCAGGAGUCCCAGUAGCUGGGACAGUUCACAGGGGCCGCGCACAUGGCUAUACAGCCCAUAAGACCCCCACCUGGGAACAGGGGACAAGAGCCACUUCAUGCCAACUAGACAUAUGUGCUUGACAUACAGAAGAGGGUGAGGUGUGCCUGUGUGACAAUAUCUGACUCAGUAACAUAAGGGAGGGGGUCAGCCCCACACACAUCCCCACUGGGAACAAGGAGCACCUGUAAGACCAUUCCCAAGCUGUGGUCCAGGUACAACCAGGCAAAUAGCAUGACUCAGGACCCACCAUCUGCACUAAGGCAUGGGUCUAACCAGCAAGGACGAUGGCUGCUGGGGACUCGGGCCUUCUCUGUAACCACACAGCCCAUGGCUCAGGGAAACACAAGUAUUCACCUUCAAGGUCCCUGCCUUCUAGGUAGGCUGCAUUCUUUCACAUGGGCCCCCAGGGACCCAGCACUGUGUAAGGUGCCCACUCAACAUUUCCACAGCUGGCCUACCCACCCUCCAAGCCCCAGCCAGCCUCCAAAGGGUGUGGGCCACUCCCAUCCUCACUGCCAGUAGGUUCAGUGGCAGGAAAGCAGUCAGAGUCUGUGCUAUUUCCAUCCAUGAACCUUCUGGGCACAAACCAGAGAGGAAGCACUUUAGAAAUGGACUGAGCAGAGGAACUGGGUCGGCUGCACAACCAUGUGGUCAGGGGGACAGCGGCCUGUCUCUGAGCAGAUGGCACUGAGAAGGAUCAGGGUCACACUGUCAACCAGACCUGGUGGGUGGGUCACGAGAAGACAAAGAUGGCAGCUGCCAGGUGCAGUGGAAGGGAGGAGGGUCACGUGACUGGCAGGGAACGGAAGAGACCGCCCAGUGCAAGCACGUGCACACACACGUAUGCACACAUGCAUGGCCCAGGAUGUGAAGGAGGGAAGAGAAUGCGCCAAGGGGCAGAGGGGAGAAGAAGAUGAAUACAAGUGGCCCAGGGGGUUGAAGAGGCAGUAGGGAGGCCCUGACCAUCUCUUGGCCACCUCCAAGCUCAGCUCACUACACUGGGUGAUGUGUUGACUGGACGCCUUUUAGAAAAAAGCAGAAAGUGAGGGGAAUAAGGUAGCAGGAAGGAGUGAAGCACAGACAAGCCCAGUGGAGCUCAUUCCUGCCUGCACAUCCACAUCCCUAGCCCCUCAGACCCUGGUUCCAGGCAGCACCUGAGUGUUCUGCGCACACCAGUCCUAUAGAGCUGCCCCCACCUUGGGGCUCCACCGCCAGCCAGUCCUGUGUCUGCACAGGCAAGACAGACACACCUGCCAUCCACACUAUCCCCAGAUGUCCUCGUCAUAGUCAAUCAUCAGGAGGUACACUUUCCCUAUCCCCACAGCUCUCAGCUUACUGGGGAGACCCUAUGGGGUCUCCUGCCUUCUACCAGGUGUUCUGAGAAACACCGUCCCGCCCCCGCCAUAUGUGGCUACUCUCUCCCUCUGCCACCUGUAGCCUCCUACCUCCUGCUUCCUGCCCAGGGAUCCCUUCCAGGAUCCCCUCCUCAGAACUUCAGGAGGCCUGCUGGGCCUCCUGUGCAUUCAGACACUUCUAUCCUUUCUGUGCCUCACAUGGUUAUGCCCACAGCAGGCCCAGCACCACCUGUACCCUUCCUACUCCAACCCCUGUGGCCUUAAUUUGGGGUAGUGGCCUCUAUAUCACUCCCCAGAGCAGGGUCUAUGUGCCUCGUGACAGGAUUAGCAAAACAGACCUCUGGGCCCCACCGGGACACAGAAGUAGUUCUCUGCAUGGGGGGCUGCAUGGAUGAAGGCUGCAUGGUAGGAGUCACUCUUGACUAAACACCCAGGAAGCCAGGCAGGCAACUUGACAGUAUAGAUGUUCAACCAGCACCCACAAGCCUGGUUCUGUCACCCUGGUCCAGGCCUCUCCAAAGGCACAUGCCUGGCAGCAGACCUGGGCAUGAGUGGACACCUGCCACUGGCAUCAGAUGGUGGGCACCAUGUUAGGAUGGGAGGGACCACCACUCACAUCCCAAAGCCCACCAAGCAGGGCUGCUACAUCAUGAUGGGUAUCAACAGCAGCAUGGCCCAGGGGCACAGGUUCCUUGGCUCCAGGACAGGGCAAGGCCAGCCCACAUCCCGAUGCUCCCCCUGCAGGACAGGAAGGAAGCCAGCCAGAUCACCCUAGGAAAGAAGUCUUUUCACACCAGAGGGAGAAAAUCCUAUUGUGAAAUCACUCUGCCCUCAACUUAGACACAGCGGGAACACAGAGUCCCUUAGUUAUUCAACAGGCAGCCUCACUGAAGGCUGCAGCCCCAGGCCACAGUGAGGAACACACGGAGGGGUGCCAAACUGGAGAACCCUGCCUUUAAGACAGCAAAUGGCUAGACAGGGGCUGGGCUCCCCAGGCCAAUCCUCUGCUGCUGUUGCUGCUUGGCUUGGACAUUCCGUUCCCAGGGCAGGAGCCUCAUGUGAUGCCUUUCCCUCCCCUCCCCUCCUGUCCCCAUGCCAGAGCAAACACCCCAGCAUGCGACAGGGCAGGUUACUCAGCAGGCCUGUCUCGAGCCUCACGUGGUUGGGCACAGCUGCUAUCAGAACUAAGGGUCCCAAAUGCAAGCAAGGGCCUGGCAUGGAGGGGUGCAUGUAUCAGCACAGGAACCAGGCAUUUUGCACAGAAAGGGCUGGUCUUGCCGGGAUCUGUGAGGCCACCUCUCCUGGAAGCAGAGGGUGACCUUGUCCUCUAAUUUUUUUCUGUGGCCCAGAAAUGUAGGUCAGGGAGGUACCCAUCUGUCCCUAUACCCACUGCCCAGAGAACAGGUCCUACAGCAAGUUGGUGAUCUCAGGAGGAGACCCCAGGCCAGCCCGUCACACUGCUCCUGGCUGCACAUUCCCUUCUUGGACCCCUGGGUAGGCACCAGGCUUGACAGGCUCCAUACUUACCAGGCAGGGCCCACCUGCUAAAUUAGAAAAUCCUCCCAAGAGCUAGGCAAGGUUGGGCAGUGGUACCUGUCCAACAGAUUAGCAAUGCCUCAGAAGAAAUGCUUUAGUAGAACAGAAAGCCGGAGCACCUCCUACAUCAGGGUCAGAAAACGGUUUUUGUAAACGGUCAGGUAGCUUCUAUCUUCAGCCUUGUGGGCCAUAUGGCAUCUGUCACAGCUACUCAACUCUGUUCCUC